AUUUUUUUUUUUUUGAAACCAAAACCCUGUAAUGUUACUUUUUUAGCAUCAGUGACAUCAUUUUUAGAAUCUUUAGAAUUACGGGAAUCAUAUUUCCUGUUUUGUUUAUGAUGUCAUGGUCUGUUAGUUCAGGCUGAUUUCAGCUCUUCUGUGAUGACCGAGCAGGACCAUGUGACUUCGGUUGUCACAGUGACAGCUUCCAUAGCAACAGGCGGUCUCUAUUGUGACAUUCGGUAAGCUUUUAGUUUCCCAGGGUUCCUUUGGGUCUGUACCUGAACAGAAUGGACUCGGAGUCUGGAUUAAGGUCAUCCCAUUUGGAUAGGAUUUCGUAUCUAGCUCAACCAAAGAAGUCGAAGACCAUUUGGGCCACAACACCUUGGAUCCUGACAUGGGGAAACCAGGAAUCGAUACGACCGCUGUCCCGCUCAGCACUGCAAGCCAUUCCGAGCCCCAGAAUAAAGGCUCUGGCCCAGCCUAAGAAAGACUUCUGCCUCCAGAUCCAGCUCAGGAAAGAGGAAGAGGAGGAGAGAUGGAUGAAGAUCUCCCGCCCUUCCUCUCAUGCAGUGCAGUACGAGAACCUUGUCCGUCUUUCAACUCCCAAAACCCGAGGAAGAAGUGCCCAGGAAGUGAAUUCUCCUCACUCAUUGUUAUGUGAGCAUGACUGUCCCAUCUGGCAUGUGAGUCCUAGUUUAAGGGACACUGUCGUUUCGCCCCGAAUCCUCCAGAUGUCCAUCCCCAAAACCCACCACCCCGACUUCACCAGCAACAGACAGAAUGUGCAGACAUUCAUCUCAUAUGCAGCUCAAACAGCUAAAAUGACGUCUAGACUGGAGCAGCUCUCACUGCCCAAACUAAGAAAGAACAGACACUUCUAUGACCCCGGACAACCAGAGAGUCCUAUCCGAACUGUAAGAGACACACUGUGCUUAACCUCAGGUGUCUAGAGGAGCAAGAACCGCCACAGCGAGUGCCCGAAUCCAAGCUUUAUCCACUCCUAAAGCCCUCUCUAAAGAUUACAUCCCACCCAGAGAAGCAACAUGGCAGCCCUGAGAAAACAAGACCGACCACAAAGCUGUGGUUUCCAGCACAUCCAUCAUCUGCAGUUAUUGUAUUUUGUCACUUUCUCACACCUUCCUUUUCCUAUCAGGAGCUUGUUGAUUGGUUGAGCUCUCUUUGCUUUCGCUCUGGUUUUCUAAUCAGUCUCAGAUUUUGACUCUGGACUACUUUUGACUGAAACGUAAGUACUACAUUAUUCUUAGCCUGCUGCCAAACCCGCCUGGCUCCUCAAACAGGACUGUGUGUUUUACGCCUGUAGUGUUUCCAGAUUGACUCUUUUUGGAUUUGUGUCUAGCUGCCGCUUUCUGUGAGAAAAUGCUGCAAGAAUAUCUAUCAGCAUCUGGUUUCAACAUCGGUGUAAGUUAUCGUGCCUGGACUUUCAUUCUAUACAUUCACCUAGAUUACACUUCUGUACUAGAAUCAUGAUAGAAUCAUAAUAAAUUAAUUAAUGAAAUCAAAUAAAAAUGUGUACAUUGGCAAUUAUUUCAAUAGUUACACUGUAUUUGCUGUAAAAAAAAAAAA